AUGGUGGUCUGCCGCGUGACGGACAACAUACUCUACUGCGACGGCGAUAACCGCGGCUAUGCUCGACCGACCGAGGCAGACAACUGGGGCUGCAAUACGGGGCCGUUUGCCAUUUUGGAAGAGGACAACGCCGUCCACCAGCCGUCUGCCAACCGCAGGUUAUACUACACCGAGAAUCCUACAAAUCACUACAGUCGGAUGCAGACCUUUUAG